UGCAAUAUUGCCAAGUUUCUGGAUGAGAAGUGUUACUUAGAUCACUACAUACGUGAUUUUCCUCGUCUUUCCAAAACUAUUGGGGCGUGCACAACCCUUUCUUCUAUCAGGAAACCUCCAAAUUUAUUUAGAUGGCUUGAGAACUGUUUAAGACGCGGAUGUUUAUCCACAAACCUUGAUGACCUCCCAGAUUUGAUCCGUAGAGAUGGGUGCUCCAUUGUCAGCUGGGCAAGGAAAGUUGUUUCUUUCUACAGUGUGUUAUUUGGUGAUAAGCCAGAAGGACGGACACUUUCAUCAGGUGUCCCCUGUAAUGUUGCCCCAGGAUCAUACUCCAGUAACGAAGAACUCACUAUCUUAGCUAUGGCAGGAGAGAGAUUUGGGCUUCAUCAGCUGGAUUUGCUACCUUCUGGUGUAUCUCUCCCGCUGAGACAUGCACUGGAUAGCUGUCGGGAAUCUCCUCCAGCUGACUGGCCAGCAAUUGCUUAUGUGCUUCUUGGCCGAGAAGAUAUGGCCCAAUCCGUCUUCAGAAAUUUGAGUUCAUCCAAGGAAUUUGAGAUGCAGUCAAAUACGAAUUUGAUAUCGAUGUCCAUACCUUACAUGCUGCAUUUGCAUCCAGUAAUCGUUCCAUCCUCUUUAUCUGAGUCGUUUGGCUUGGAAAACACUAAAAUUGAGGAUACAAAUUCAGUGGAUGGUUCUAUAAUAGAUGGAAUGGAGCAUAUCUUCAACUCCUACACACAGUUACGGUAUGGCCGAGAUCUACGGUUGAAUGAGGUUCGGCGUCUUUUGUGCUCUGCAACACCGGUGGUAGUUCAAACGUCUGCUAACCCUACUAUAUCAGAUCAGGAGCAGCAACAGGACCAGCUUUGGCGCAUAGCACCGAGGACUGCUGUGCUUCCCCUCGGGCGUGGAGCAUUCACAUUAUCAACGAUACACACUCUCUUAACUGAGGCGUUUACUGUACCAAAGCUUGUUUUAGCAGGUCGACUGCCUGCUCAACAAAAUGCCAUUAUUAAUCUAGAUCCAAACAUAAAGAAUAUCCAAGAACUUAAAACCUGGCCGGAGUUUCAUAACGCUGUUGCUGCUGGGUUGCGACUGGCUCCGCUUCAGGACUAA